UCAUUCUCAGAAACACCACCCAAAUAUACAGCUCGGCUCACUCUCAUGGUCAUGGACAUGAUCUUCGCUCAGGUUUCUGACUCGGCCCAGCAGCCCAGGUCGAGUUCGUCAUCCGACGCAAGCGUGACCACCCAACGCACUUCGGACGUCAUACUGGCGUCGAGCAGUCCGAAGAAGCGCGCGGGAAGGAGGGUUUUCAAAGAGACGAGGCACCCGGUUUAUAGGGGUGUGAGGAGGAGAGACAACAACAAGUGGGUGUGUGAGUUGAGACAGCCCAACAAGAAGAAGUCCGGGAUUUGGCUCGGGACCUAUCCUACGGCUGAGAUGGCUGCUCGUGCCCAUGACGUGGCGGCAUUGGCUUUUAAAGGGAAGCUUGCCUGCCUCAACUUUGCUGACUCGGGUUGGCGGCUGCCGGUGGCGGCAUCCAUGGAUUCCAUGGACAUCCAGAGGGCAGCUGCGGAGGCCGCCGAAGGGUUCAGGCCAGUGGAGUUUGGUGGAGUUUCCAGCGGCAGCAGUGAUGAGAAGGAGAGACUGGUUGUGGUGGAAGAGAAGAAGAAGAAGCAGGCUAUUGUGGAUAUGGGAAAAAGCUGCAGCAGAUUAAACUUGUUUAAUUUGGAUGAGGAGGAAAUGUUUGAUAUGCCAAGGUUGAUUGACAACAUGGCUGAAGGGCUUCUUCUUUCUCCACCCCAAUGCUUAGCUGGCUAUUUGAAUUGGGAUGACAUGGAAACCGAAGCUGAUCCCAAGUUGUGGAGUUUCUCUAUCUGAUUGAUGUUUUUGUUUUAGUCAAUCUGUCUCUGGGGUUUAGUGUGUCUUUUGUUGGAUUCAUAUGUAUUUAUUUGUUCAUGAGUGAGUCGAACAUAAAGAUUUUUACUUUCGGAAAUAUUUGUGUGUUUGGACUGGUACUGUGCUCUGUCUAGUCUCUAGAUAUAGAUAUUUUAGGUGUGUUAUAGAUAUUUUUGGUAUUAAAGAUAUUUAGGUGUACAAAAGUUUACCUAAUUUGGAAUUAUUGAAUAUAAAUAGAAAGCAUCUAAUGUUUGA